AUGACAAAUUUAAAUGGAGAGGAUAAUAAGCAUAAUAAUUUAGUUGAUGAUAGUAAAAUAACAAUAGUGUCUGAUCAAAAAGAAUCUAAAGACGAUAAAACUAAAAAGAAAAAGAAAAAUAAAUAUAAAAAAAAUAGAAAUGAUAAAAAUAGGAGAUAUUCUAACGAUAAAAACAUUAUAAGUUUUACAAAAAUCAUAAAAGAAGAAAUUAAAGAUAGCAUAGUAUUAGAUAAAACAAAUAAUAUUAAAAAUGAAGAAAUAAAGAACAAGCAUAUAGAUACUUCACAUACAAUGCAAAUUAAUAAAAAUAGAUGUAUUCUUUUUUUACCAGUAAUUUUUAUAUUUAUUUUACUAUUAGGAAUAUAUCUAAUAUAUAUAAUGUAUCAUUGUUUACCAUUAAUACUUAAAGAUUAUAAAAAAGUUUACAUAAACUAUGACCUGAAAAGGGGGAUAAUUGAGAUAAUUAUUUUUCAUUUUUUUUUGAUCAUGUAUUUGGUGAAUUAUAUUUUAUCAAUUAUAGUACCACCUGGAUCUAUACCUAAUACAGAAGAGUGGGUGUUUAAUGAUUUCCAAGAAAAUUAUUCAGAUGAUAUUGAAAAUUAUUUAUUAGAAAAAAAAAAAACCGGAGAAAGAAGAUAUUGUAAAUGGUGUUGUAAAUACAAACCUGAUAGAACUCAUCAUUGCCGUGUCUGCAAGACAUGUGUUUUAAAAAUGGAUCAUCAUUGUCCUUGGAUAUAUAAUUGUGUUGGAUGGAAAAAUCACAAAUAUUUCAUGCUUUCAUUAAUUUAUUGCUGUAUUACUAGUAUUUUCGUUUCAAUUACUAUGUUCAAUUCUGUUAAAGAAACUAUUAAAAAUAGAAAAAUACCUUUUGGUGAAAUGCUCUUACUUUUAUUUGGAGAAACACUAAACUCAAUCUUAGCUUUAAUUGUAACGUGCUUUUUAAUUUUUCAUAUAUGGUUAAUGAUUAAGGCAAUGACAACAAUAGAAUUUUGUGAAAAGCAGACAAAUUACCAAAAUCAAUCUUAUUCAAAAUAUUAUAAUAAAGGCAUAUACGGAAAUUUCAAAGAUGUUUUUGGUGAUUCUCCCUUUUUAUGGUUUCUACCAAUUGACAAUAGAAGAGGAGAUGGUAUAAAUUUUGUAAAAGGUUAUAAUCAAGGUUAUAAUGAAGAAACAUCUGAAACAAUACCAAUAAAAGGAAAAUAUUAA